UUCCUCCUCUUGUCGUUAAUCUUGAAGAUUAAUUAGUGGGGUUGACUAUUUUGUGUUGUUAAUGAGUAAUUCAGACAUAGAGAAAUUUCAGGGAAAGAUGAUCUCAAAUUGGGAAGAAGCUUUUAAUCACUUUGAAGAAGUGGUUGUUUCUGGGUCUGAGGCUAUGAAAGUAAAGGCUAUAUUGAACCUUGUCCAUGUCACUGGUAGUUUUUCUGAAGAUGUGUUGGCCAGGACUAUUCCAAUCCUUGCCAAGAUUCUUGGAGAAAAUAGCAGCUGGCCUGUGCAUCAAGCAGCUGCUUAUUGCUUAAAACAAAUUGCUUCUCAAGGCGAUGGGCCUGAUGGUAGGUUGGCAACUGAGAUUGGUCAGUCUGGUGUUGUUUGUUGUUUGUUAAGGUUAUUGCCACAAGCUGAUAAUGGUUUUAAAAGAGUUCUUGUUAAUUGUUUAGGGAGUCUUGUCACAUUUGGGAAGGCAAAUCGGGUGAUUGUAGCAAGGAACGGUGGGGUGGAGAUUAUUAUUGAUAUGUUGAAUUCGUGUAAUGAUGGUACUAGGAAGUAUUUGUUGGAGAUUUUGAGUGCGCUGGCUUUGUUGAGGGAGGUUAGGAGGGUAAUUGUUGGUUUAGGAGGGUUAAGAUUUCUUGUUAAGGCAGCUGAGUUUGGCAGUAUGGUUUCUAGAGAGAGAGCUUGUCAAGCAAUAGGGUUGCUUGGGGUUUCGCGGCGUGCUAGGCAUAUUCUUGUUGAAUUGGGAGUGAUUCCGGUUCUUGUGGAGUUGUUUAGGAUUGGAGAUGGUACAACAAAAUUGGUGGCUGGUAAUUCUCUUGGUGUGAUUUCGGCUCAUGUUGAUUACAUUAGGCCAGUUGCUGAAGCAGGAGCUAUUCCCUUAUAUGCUGAGCUACUUCAAAGAACUGAUCCUAUUGGCAAAGAAAUUGCUGAGGAUGUGUUUUGCAUAUUAGCUGUUGCAGAAGCGAAUGCAGUUUCAAUAGUUGAACACUUGGUGAGAAUUCUAAGAGAAGGUGACGAUGAAGCCAAAACUGCAGCUGCUGAUGUUUUGUGGGAUCUUUCUGGUUACAAGCAUUCAACAUCAUUUGUUAGAAGCUCGGGUGCAAUCCCAGUCUUAGUUGGUCUUUUGAGUUAUGAAAAUGAUGAAGUUAAGGAGAAGGUAUCUGGGGCUAUUGCCCAAUUAAGUUAUAAUGAGCUAGAUCGAGUAGCACUUGCUGAGGCGGGGGCAGUGCCAAUUAUGAUCGAGUUGCUGCACGAUGAAUCUGACGAGCUAAGAGACAAUGCUGCAGAGGCUCUUAUAAAUUUUUCCGAUGAUCCAUUGCAACGGGAGCUAAUAUCUGAAGCAAUUGGUGUUGCAUCAUUUCAGAGUAUGCAGAAUAGGUUGAUUAGACUUCGCGCUUCUGAUGAGCACAUGGCUAGGUCCAUGAGACGGAUGAGCAUUGACCAGCUAACAUGGGACCCUGAUCUUGUGUGAAUUCUCUCUUAAUGGUUAAUACCCUCUUCAAGUUUUAAUCUUGUGAAAAUGUGUACAAACUACAAUUGAAAUUUUUUUCAUUUUUAUUUUUCAUAGGGGCUUUUUAUGGAGUUUGAUUAUGUUAUA